CCUGCUGGACGACUUCCUGCGGCCGGCCCGCGGCGCCAUGCGCCAGCACGCCUCCAACACCAGCUCCUCAGACUCGCUCGAGCUGUCGUCGCCCGUGCCGCCGCCCGUACCGCCCCCGCCGCCCCCGCUGCGGCUGCUCGCGUGCCGCGACUGCUCCUGCCGCCGCUACGACACGAGUCCUGGGGCGCUCCACCACAAGGACGUGUUGGGCAAGUACGGCGGGGGCGGAGGCGGAGGCGGCUCCGGCGGCAAAGCGGUGCCCGCGCCGCAUGUCGGCGGCGGCGGUGGGGGCGGCGGGGGCGGCGGCGGCCACGGGAGGCCCCUCAUCCAGCCGCCACACCCCAAGGCGGAGAAGCUGCCGUCGCUCAAGAGCGUGUCCGUGUCCCGGCUGAACAUCCACCACCAGGAGUCUCGGGCGUCGUCGACGGCGGCCGCCCCGACGCCGGUGUCGGCGUGUUUCCCCGUGCUGAACAGCGGCUCUGCGGUCGGCACCUCAGGCUCGAGCAGCGCCGACCACAGCCCCCAGCAGCAGCCGCGCCACGACUCGCACGGCCGGAGACUGCCGCUCACCCCAGCCGAAGCAUUGAAGUACUAUGGAAAUCGACUGACAGACUAUGAGAGAACAGAAAUAGAGAAAUAUCCAGAGAUUUGGUAUUUAGGUCUUGAUGCCUGCAAAAUACAUGGUGAAGAAGGGCCACUACAGAAUGGUGGCUAUGACGAUGAUAAUGGCAGUUAUAACAAAGUUCUUCAUGACCACAUAUCAUACCGAUAUGAAAUUUUGGAAGUCAUUGGUAAAGGAAGUUUUGGACAAGUCAUUCGGGCACUUGACCAUAAAACUAAUCAGCAUGUAGCAAUAAAAAUAAUAAGGAACAAGAAGAGAUUUCAUCACCAAGCACUUAUAGAAGUUAGGAUUCUGGACCAUCUAAGGAAGAAGGAUAAAGAUGGAAGUCACAAUGUCAUUCAUAUGUUGGACCACUUCUAUUUUCGAAAUCAUUUGUGUAUUAGUUUUGAGCUUAUGAGUUUGAAUCUGUAUGAGUUGAUAAAACGGAACAAUUAUCAAGGGUUCAGCCUAAGCCUUAUUAGAAGAUUUGCAAAUUCUCUUGUUCAGUGUCUGAGGUUACUCCACAGAGAAAAUAUAAUUCACUGUGAUCUCAAACCUGAAAAUGUUCUUCUCAAACAACGUGGAAGCAGUUCCAUUAAAGUGAUAGAUUUUGGAAGCUCCUGUUAUGCUCACCAACGAGUAUAUACAUACAUUCAGUCUCGUUUUUAUCGUUCUCCUGAAGUCAUUCUUGGAUUGCAGUAUGGGACAGCAAUUGAUAUGUGGAGUCUUGGCUGUAUACUUGCAGAGUUAUACACUGGUUACCCACUUUUCCCUGGCGAAAAUGAAGUAGAACAGCUGGCAUGUGUGAUGGAAGUUUUAGGUACACCACCAGAGGAUGUUAUUAUGAAUGCUUCAAGAAGAAGGUUAUUUUUCGAUUCAAAAGGCAACCCAAGAUGUAUUACAAACAGUAAAGGCAGGAAGAGGAAGCCUGGGUCCAAAGACCUUGCACUUGCUAUCAGGUGUAAUGACCCCCUGUUUGUGGAUUUCAUAUCAAAAUGUCUCCAGUGGGAUCCUAAAAAGCGAAUGACACCAGAUGAAGCUUUAAGACAUGAGUGGCUGCAGUCAUCAACCACUGUCCAAAUGCACCAGCAGGAGCUGAGGCGAUCACCUUCCGAGACGGUAGCUGUUCCCCACCAAACGAGAAGAGUGCCUGUCUCUGAACCAGAACCUGCUCCUGCCCCCUCCCAGCAGCAGUAUUCAUUAUACAGACUAUACAGAGGCAAGAAAUGUGUCUCUAAGAUCUUAGAACCUGAACGUGUGGACUCUACAAAACCAAAACCUAGUAUAGGAAGCCGUAUGACAGCUGACUUAGUUUCGACAUUAGAUCCCAGUCUUGAUGACUCUGGCACAUUUCUUCCACCGAUACUGUGACUCACGCAUUUGGACACUAGAAGUGUGAAGCCAAAGUGAGACAUCUGUUAACUCUGGAUAUGAGGGAUGGCGAUGUCCACACUCUUUAUGUGUUGGCGUGACUGAUUAAAUUGUGAUACAUGACAUACAAAUAAUGUUGUUGAGAUACUGUAUUUUGAGACAUCAUGUUGUUUGUGAAUAGAUUUGGAUAAUUCUGUUCCGUGCCCUAAAAAUUGUGUGAAUAGACUCAGUGUUUACCAUUGUUCUGACUGAAUUCAUUAUUUGUAACACUUAUUAUUGUUUUCACUGCAAUUGAUGUGAGAUCUGAUUUGUUAUGUACUAUUUUUCUUUUAAGUGAAAAAUAAUUUGUACAUUCCUUACUUAAAUACUCACUUUUAGUAAAAUGCUAAUUCAGUAUUUUAGUUGCCACUUGCAAUUUAUACAGUAAUGAACUGACUCAGUAGUAUCCUCCGUUGAAAUUUAUGAACAUUACUACCCUAAUCCUGGGUAGUUGCUUUAAUGGAAAACAGUAACUUUCUGAGUUAUGUUUUUAAAUAUGUUAUUGCCAGUUUUUUAGCAAUAUCUGAUAAGCUAUCAGUCCAUAUGAUCUCUCUCAUUCCACAGAAAAUAAUGUACUGCCUGUGCUAUGCUCAUUUGCAGUUAAGCCAUUUGUAUGUUAAUAAAAAUAUGUGGAGUCAAACUCAGGCAUCUGUGCAAUCAUAAUUUGCAGGAAAAUGCAGUGCAUGACUGAACCAAUACUGCUGCGUUCUUCUAUGUACUUAUGUUCAGUUAAGUCCUUUUGUUGAACUAUAUUCCUUCAUGAAUGUGUAUAAAAAUCAAACACUCUACUUUCUCACGUGCUUAUAAAUAUGUUUAUGUAUGUGUGUGCGAAAUCUUUUGUGGAUACACACAUACAUGAAUGUGUGUGUUGUAUCAUGCAGGAGUACAAGCCGAAGUGUGUAUGAGCUGUAUGGAGAAAAACUGCAUGUUCUGUCAACAUGCAUGGAUGCAGUUGUAUGGCAUGCAGAAGCCAAAGGGAUAGUUUAAUUUAAUUAUAUGUUGUGUUUCAGUGAUAGACAAGACUUCAGAGUGAUCUUCUGCAUGAUUUGGUUGAAGAAUUUUGUAAUGUGUACUAACAAAGAUACAAUGGACACACUAUUUUCAUUGCAGUCUGUUAAAACUGUAUUCCACAAUCCUAACAAAGAAAUCAAAGAGAAAUGUGUGAUAUUCUCAGUUAUAAUGUAGCAUGUAAUGAUCAGAAAUAAUACUGUUAGGUUUUCAUCAGAUGAAAGGGACUGUAAAAUGCAUAUUCAUUGUAAAUAAAGUGCAGACUCAUUGCUUAACAAGUUUGUUUCUGAAGUGGGCGACAAAGUGAACUGACUUUCAUUUCUAAGCUGCAUCCAGAGACUUUCAUUCCAUUGUUCUCAUUUUAAAAUUCAUACUUAGACAAUCAGAACAAUCAAAAUAAGUUCAUGAUGUUGCAUUUGUAACUAAAAACACCAAAUGUGAAAUAUGUUUCUCUCAGACCUGUAGUGAUUUAUAACUGCCAGAAAUAAUGGUUCAUCAUUAAUAUUUACUGUUAUCACUGCUGAAAAAAGCUAAUUAAGCAACAACAGGUAUUUUACAUCCAUUAUUACAAAAACUGAGAAUGGUGUCAUUCUUAGUAAAAAGUGUUCUCGGUGUGUGAAAUGAAACGUUGUAAUAUGAACUUACACUGUAGAAUGUUGAGCAGACUAUGGGAUCAACAUUCAACUUUUGUUACUUGUUCAUCAUGAUACACACUUAAUUCUCACAUUGAUGAAGCACAAUAUCUUGGAAUUGGAAAGAAAUUAAAUCUUAUUUUUUAUGCACAUUUUCUUGGACUUUAAGUGAAAUCAUGCUUAUGCAGGUAGUAUGUAUAACUUUGAGUCUGUCUGUUACUGCAGCUCUCAUGAGAUAUCCUUUCUUCAAAUCAUGUCAGUUGUUCAUAUUUCACAGAAAUGAGAUUUCUUUUAUUCUUAUAUUUGCAUAAAAAUAUGUUGACUCAAAGGAAAAUACUUUCUAGAUUAAAAAGUGAUGUAAAGGUUUCUUUUCAUUCCAUAAAAAGCAAGAAGUUAGGCAAUCUUUCAUGUAAUUAUACUGCAAUUUAAUUUGAAUUAUCUAAAAAUAAAUAACAGAAUCAAUAUAAGUAAUUAAAUAAAUGUAUGUUACAA